UUAAAUUAUAAUUCUUAAAAUGUGAUUAAUAUUUAAUAAUUAUUUUGUAUUACAAUUUAGAAACUAAUAAAAUAAUAAGAUGUAUAUCAGAAAACUAUUGAUGAAACAUACCUUACAACAAGUAUUAAAUCGGCAUAAACUUUCAAGGAAUAAGAGCAUGAAAACUUUUGAUAAAAAUAAAUGGAAAAGUGUUGUUGGAUUGGAAAUACAUGCUCAAAUUUCAAGUGAAUCAAAGUUGUUUAGUGCAGCGGGUACUAAAUUUGAUGCAGUGGUAAAUUCACAAGUGGCAUUGUUUGAUGCUGCAAUUCCUGGAACACUUCCUAGCAUUAAUGAAAAGUGUGUUGAGGCAGCCAUAUUAACUGCGUUAGUAUUAGGAUGUAAUAUAAAUAAAGUGUCAUCAUUUGAUCGUAAACACUACUUUUAUGCAGAUAUGCCGGCAGGUUACCAAAUAACUCAACAGUUUCAUCCAUUAGCAGAAAACGGUCAACUUACUUUUCAUGUUAUAGAUGAAAAUAUAAAUAAAGUUCCCUACAGUAAAACUUCUUUAAUCAAACAAGUACAGCUAGAACAAGACAGCGGUCGCACAAUUCAUGAUGAUUCUACUAAAACUUCACUUAUAGAUUUAAAUCGUGCUGGAACAGGGUUAAUGGAACUUGUGUUUGAACCUGAUUUGUGCAAUGGUCUUGAAGCUUCAGCUUUAGUCAAAGAAUUAUUACUAAUAUUUGAACGUAUCAAAACAUGCUCUGGUCGAAUGGAAGAGGGUGCGUUAAGAGUUGAUGCAAAUGUUUCAAUCACAGAUAGUGAUCAACUAGGCACACGGACUGAAAUAAAAAAUUUGGGGAGUAUACGAGCUGUACAGCUAGCGGUUGAUUAUGAAAUUUUUCGUCAAUUAAACCUGGUAAAAGAAGAAAAAGAAGUAGUGAAUGAAACAAGAGGAUGGGAUUCUGUUACUAACAAAACAGUAUCAAUGAGAGACAAAGAAGUUUUACAAGAUUAUCGAUUUAUGCCAGAACCUAAUUUAUUACCACUUAAUUUAAAUAUGUUUGAUAUUAAUAAAUUACAAACAAAAAUACCUGAAUUACCUACUGUAACUCGUAAUAAUAUAAUGAGUAAAUAUGGCUUUAACAUAAGGAAAACUACUACUUUAAUGAAUGAACCUGUUUUAUUAUCAAUGUUUUUUGAAAUAAUGAAUUAUGAUACAUUUAGAAACCCAUCAAGAGUUUGGAAUGUGUUGACCAUUGAAUUUAUGACAGAGUUAAAUAAGAGAUCCAUUGAACCUAAGCGAAGUGAAAUUCCAUCUUCAAUCAUCGGCGAAAUUGUAGAUUUACUAGAUAAUAAAUUAGUGAACUUGGUUCAUGCAAGAAAAGUUAUUGCUAAAAUUUUUGAUGAAAAAAAUAAAUCUCCAUCUCAAAUUGUAGAAGAAAAUAACUGGCAACAAAUUUCUGAUGUAGAAGAAAUAGAUAAAUUAUGUAAAGAAAUUAUGCUUGAGUAUCCAAAGGCUGUCAAAGAUUAUCGUAGAGGAAAAUUACAAGCCAAACAAUUUUUAAUAAAUCAUAUUGCAAAAAAAACAAAUGAUCGUGCAAAUUUAGCUCUUGUUUCAAAAAAAUUAGAAGAAUUCUUAAACAAUUAUUAGAUUGUGUUUGUUAAGUUUUAUUAUUGUUUUGUAUAAAUUAAAUUUGUGGUCUGAAAUAAUUGUUUGAAUAGCUAAUAACAAUUACUAUGUUUAUAUGAUGGCGUUAAAGCGGUUUAAGACUAAACCGUUUUGAAAGUUGAAACGCUCGCGCUUUGUAGUUUAAGAAUUUAAAACCGUUUUAUGUGUUUAAACGUUAUGUGUAUCGUAUGAUAAACUGAUUUAAGCAAAUAAAACGGUUUUAAAUUCUUAAACUACAUAGCGCGAGCGUUUUAACGCCAUAAUAUAAAUGUAGUAAAUGAUCAGUUCAGUCAGUUUGUUAAUUUUAUUUUGUUUACAUUUAAAUAUAUUUUUGUAUUCACAUUUUGAACUUAUUAACAUAACAAAAUAGUAAAUUUAUCAUCGAUCAUAGUGUAUAACUUUUGGCAGCUAUUAGUCUGAACAAUUCAAUAUUUACUACUAGAUGUUCUUUUUCUUCAAUCUGAAUCUAGGUGCUGUACUUCAGUAUUUAAACAUAUACCUCCAUGUAUUGUAAUAGAAAAAUGUAUUUAUUUUUUC